AUGGAUACUAUCCUUACCCUCAUCCGGAUUGCAGGAGAUUAUGUCAGCGAAGAGGUAAGGCGCUUUGACUGUUGAAAUAACAAAAAGUGACUAGAAUAGUGCCUUUCAUUUUAAGCUUAAUUUCUCUUUCAAAACAGUUUUAACUUAUGGUCCUUUUUGUGAGCUGUGAAGGUGUUAAAUCAUUUUGAAAAUCUUCACAGGUUUGGUACCGUGUGAUCCAGAUUGUCAUUAACAGGGAUGACAUUCAGGGUUAUGCAGCUAAGACAGUAUUUGAGGCUCUGCAGUCACCUUCAUGCCAUGAGAACAUGGUUAGAGUUGGUGGCUAUAUCUUGGGAGAAUUUGGAAACCUGAUCGCAGGAGAUCCUCGCUCAAGGUAUGGUUACUUUUUCCAGACUUCAGUCAGAUUGCUUAUGAGACAAACUCUAAUGCUUCAGUGAACAAGUUGUGACAAAACUUGUAGGGUAAACAGUAUUUGCCUCAAUCACUCCACACAAUUGUUAGGAUUGGAGCAUAGCUUAAAAUCCUCUGAGAAAUUCAAUUAAAUUUUGCCAUUAGUAAUUUUUUAAUACAGCAGGGUAAGCUUUUCCUAGCCUACACAUAUACUUUGUAGGUACUGAAGUUACCAAUUAGUAUGUAAGGGUGGUUCACUUGGAGGCCUUCUGGUUUGUUUAACAAGUUGUUGUUUAUAUAAUAAUAUUAUGCAUCUGGUCUGACAUGAGAAAAAUGAUGAGGGGUAUCUUCAGUGAAAGAGACUUUCCCCAUUAUUUUUUUAUAUAUUAUAUUUGAACAGGGCUGUGCUUUAGCAGAACCUGGUGUCACUGGCACCCAUCUUUUGCUCUCGGAUGACUAAAAAGUCUUAGUUUUUUUCAUACAAAUCAUAUGCUGGGUACCCUGGAUUUCACAGGGUUCAGAGCACUGAACUCCUUUCAAUUUUCCCGGCUACAGCCUUGCAUGGAAGAUCAUUUAAGUGAUUUUACCCGCAAGAGGUUCCCUGCAGAAUUUCUACACAUUUGUGACACAAAAAUUCUUUGAAGUUGAUCUUUUCCACUCUUUCCCUUUGUCAGCCCAAUGGUUCAAUUCCAGCUGCUUCACAGCAAGUUCCCACUGUGCUCUUCAUCAACAAGAGGCUUGCUCAUGUCAACAUACAUCAAGUUCAUUAACCUGUUCCCAGAAAUCAAAGGACACAUCCAAGAGGUAAGAGCAACUUCUCUUGAUCAGCUUCUUAUCCGAUAUUGCAGAUUUUAGUUCGUUGAGCCUGUAAAAUGUAUGUCUUUCACUCCUGAUACAUGGUGGCUUAAAAAAUAUUCACAGAAAUCUCAAAUUUCUUUUUCUUAAAUCCUAAAAUAUAAAAAGUACUGUGUGAAAGUUCUGCUUUUAAAGGGGGUUGAAAGCUGUGCUCUAGCAAUGCCUGGUGGCCCCUGCUCCUGAGUGACCAGAAAAUUGACGUUUUUUUCAUGGAAAUCAUAUGCUGAGCACAGGUUCUCGGGUUCAGAGUGCACCGGGCUCCUUUUUUCUAUGUUCUAUUUAGUUACUUUUUACAUGUACAUGUAGGUAACAUGAUAAAAAUUAUGUAAUGGUGAAACAACAAUCAAGCAAAACAAACAAACUUCCAUGUAAAUGUUUUAUUUCUUGCCUUCAGAUUUUACGAAGUGACUCCAACCUUAAAAAUUCAGAUGCUGAAAUUCAACAGAGAGCACUUGAGUAUCUGAAACUUAGCACUGUUGCAUCUCCAGAUGUUCUGGUAAGUUUUCAUGCUCAGUACGUCUUAUUCACAGGUUACUUUUGCCUUCUAUCCACCCCAGAUCUUUGAGCAAGCUAUGUUACAAGGGACUAAAUCCUUGGAGGGAGGGGAGUUGCACUCCCUAUAUUAUGACCUAUACAGGGAAGGCUUCUAGUAUAUUAAAGUGUAGGGAAUUCAGGAGUUGAAGUAUAUGACAGGGUAGUGAAUGGAUACAUGUAACUUUUCUGUCUAUUAAAGGGUAAGGGGUUGCGCCUCAGGUGAAACCUCCCCAUAUAUAAAACUCUUAGAGUAUCCACCUCUGCCUCCCCCUCCAGACAGAAUCUUUGGUAAGCAGUAGUCCUAGUGAAAGGUAGUUUACCUUGGUGUUUGUAAAAAGGCAAUUAUCAGACUCUUGCCUUGUGGAAUGACACAGAUGAGGUUAAAAGAACAAAACCAAUGUGCACGUGGUUCAUUCCCUUCAAAUAUUUUUUACUCAGGCUACAGUUCUUGAAGAAAUGCCACCUUUCCCAGAACGCGAGUCAUCCAUCUUAGCCAAGCUAAAAAAGAAGAAGAAGGAAAAGGCCGGAAUUUUGGACAAGGAAGAGAAGGCUGAACCACCCGAGAAACCAACUGCAAACGGACAGAUUCCUGUUGCCAAUGAGGUGAAGUAUUUGCUGGGUAUUUUCUUGCUUCCUGGACACAAUAAUAUCUUUGAUGUAUAAAAGGUUUUGUUUAUCGCUUGUCUGGUAACAGGUUGAUUCGCCCGAAAGUCUGAUAAGCAGUGUUAUGGAGCGUUGUUUGUCAUAGGGCGAAUCGACUUACGUCCAGGCGAAACAACUUCGGGAGAAUUUACUUUCGGCAAAACAACCACAAGUUGUUUGUCUCACCAUUUUUACAGACAUUGAUCGUGACAUUUCGAUGGCGUAGUGCAGGUCUUCAUCAGGCGAUAGUGUUGAAAAUGUCUAAAGUUUGAGUUCGUGAAAGCCGCAUGUCCCUAUCGUGCUCCUUAAUCUGUUCAUGCAUGCACCUUCCUGUUUCACCAACGUAUGCUUUGCCACAUUCACAAGGAAUCUACUCCAUCUUGUUUUCAUGGAUCAUCAGCAUCUUUACAAAUGUGGCUGGCACUAAGUGUGAUCUUAGUGUUGUAUCGGACUUGAAAACAGAUCAUACCCCAUGCUGUUGUAGGCAACGACAAAGUGGUGCAGAUAGCCCUUUUAUGUAUGGUAGAACCACUGUAGAUUUAAUUUGGGUUGUGGGUUCUUUAUUAGAUGCCUGCUGAUUCUUGGAUAAUAGGGGUAUCUAUUUCCUCAGAGAUAGCGGAUGGUUCAGUGAUCGAUGGAAAAAUAUCAUCACCAAGUUGGUGAUGAUAUUUUUUGAUCAAUCGUAUAAGCACUUGACAACACUGCAUUCAACUGGUGGAGGGUGGUGUGAGUCAUAAGACAAGUGUUGAUCAGUGUGAGUAGUUUUCCUGUAAAUACUUGUAGUGAGGUGUCUUCAAGAAUCUUUUAUGACCAAUGUGUCAAGGAAGGGAAUUGUGUUGUCAUUCUCAGUCUCCAUUGAUAAACGGAUGGUUGGUUGUUGAGCAUUGAGAUGCUGUAGAAAAUUUUCAACAUCAUUUCGUUUUAAGGUGGUAAAAUUGUCCUCAACAUAACAUUUCUCUUUGGUUUGGUUGGAAUGGAAAAUAGAGCUUGUUCUAUAAAGUAUAGAGUUUAGCUAUGACUGCAGAAACUGGGCCUCCCAUGGCCGUGCUAUCUUGUUGUUCGUAAAUUGCUCUAUCAUACUGAAAGUACAUGGGCCUUAAAACAAAGUUUAAAAGGUCAGCAAUCUGUGUGGUUGUUAAUGUUGUGCAGUCAGCAAGACAUGGGUCCCUCGCUAGUUUCCAUAGCGUCACUUGUACAAGACCUUCAAUUAAAGCAUUUGUAAAUAAAGAUUCUUGCAAUUUUCAGGUUCCUGCUCCCAAUCCAGCCCUACAGGCAGGUAAGAUAUUCACUUAAAUAAAUUAUGCUAAAUAAACUGAACAAUAAAUAUAAAGUUGCAUUCACUCAUCAGGGCUUUCAGGUUAAUGAGAAAAUUAUCCAGGGAUUCUACAGUUUCUUGUCGAUGGGAGUUGCAUUUAGAAUACAGAAAGAUAUAUAUUGUACACUCCCCCUCCCUCCCCCAGCAAGCUCGGAAUGACAUUUCUGCUUCACAUUUGGCCCCAGAUGACAUGUAUACCAUUCUCUAGGAAAGGGUUUGACUGCUAUAUGUGAUACUAAAGAAGUUCAUUUUUUCUCUCAUCUAAUGUGUAUGUAAAAUAAUGACACACAUGAUUCUAACGUUGACACGGCUCACUUAGGGCAAAGUGUUGGGUUACGGGGAGGCAGUUUAUAUUAAAGAAUCUUAUACUGAUGACCCUGUGUUUUGUAGAUCUCAUUGGCACUGCACCUUCCCCCGUGGCAAACAACAUUGCAGCUGUUGAUCCUGGAGCAGGAGGAGGUCUUCUGGUAGAUGUGUUUGACAUGCCAGCAGUACCUUCAAUAGGGGGUGGGGGCAUCCCAUCUGUCACACCCGGUGCAGAGGAAAAUCUCAAGAAGUAAGUUUUGUGUUACUUAUGUUAAAGGAAACUGAUAAUAUCAGGGCUGUCACUAAGAGCUGGGGGCUGGGGAUUUCCCUUGGCUACCAUGAGCAUGACUUCCAGCCAUUUUCAUAGGAAACAAAGGAUAACCAGACCAAAAACACUCCCUGGCUAUUCAGGUCCGGUCCUUACCUUCUAAUUACAAAUACCUGUCAACAUGAAAUCUUAGUGACAGCCCUGUAAUACGUAAACUGUGUUGCAGACACUCUAAACUUUCUGUUUUCUAGACAAUACGUGAGCCAGCUGGAACACAGGCUAUGUAAUAUGUAGCAGUUAUUCGAUAAUGCCGAGUAGGAUAUGAAGAAUUAUGAGAUCUUCAUAAUUAUUCAUAUCAUACAAAACCUGAAUCCAAGUACCCCUCUGAGUGAAGUUCCAGUCUCCAAAACAUUUGCCUGUCAUCGGCAGUUUCAGGAUGUGAUGUCAGGAUGGUAAUUCUUGCAGAAGCUCAUCAUGUAGUACUUGGCAUCCCUCGCUAAAUUAUUUUCACUUUUAUUUGCUGCGUUUUUGAACCAAUAAUUUGGCUAUUUGUCUUUGCAUAACAUGGAGAGUCUUCCACCUUUUUACUGCCAAAACUGCCGAAUGACUGAGCUGCUUUUUUCCGUGAUAUCUAGCCCUGUACAUGCCUUUUUCACUAAUUAACAUGUUUAUUGUAAAUGUACAGUACCGCAAAAUAAAUUAACAGCAAACUUCUUCCAAAGUUGGUCAGUGUUACAAUUGGUGACAAACUUGUUGAGACAUUGUACUCAAAAUUAAUAGGGUAACUUCAGAGAAUAAAAGUAUCCACACCCCUUCCCUUUCCCCUCAAAGAUAGGGUGUGUGUUGUUUUCUGUAGGUAGCUCAAACGGCAGCACAACAUUGCAUAGAGGGGAUGGGGGAGGAAAAGCUAUAUUUCCCUCUUUUGAAUUCAGUAAAACGUAGAAAAGCCCAAUUUAGGGUGAAGUGUGUCAUCUCAUUUUGUUACUGAUUGUAGCCAGCUAUGAAGAAUUAGCCUGUGGAAUUAGGUCAAUCCAAAACGGAUACCUACUGUGAACAAAUAAUAAAUUAGUAAGUUAUUUUGCCCUUCUCUUGGACAUAAUGUACAAAAAUAAGACCUUAACCUCGCUAUACGGAAUAUACUUAUCUUGCUAUACGAAGAUGCUGCGUAGGGGUUGGGUGACUGCUCUCAUUUUAUAAGCUCCUCUUUUGGUCGACAGAUUUGUGUUCAAAAACACUGGUGUUCUAUUUGAAAACGACAUUCUCCAAGUUGGUAUAAAAUCAGAUUUCAGGGACCAAGCAGGUAAGGAAGCUUUUGUCUCUUUUUUUUUUCUUUACUUUUUCUUCCUCUAUCUUAUGUCAUCAUUGUCAUCAAAAACAACAACUUUAUGACAUAAUAGUUUUUUAAGGCCACCAUUUUCAAUACGAAUGUUUUUGGGGACCUCCCUAGAAAAGCUCAGCUGAGCUUGUACAGAUCUCCUACUAGGCUAUGUUAUAGAUGUAAUACGUUAGUAAUUAAGUGGCAAAUAAAAGAUUGAUUGAUUGAUUGAUGUUAGUAAUUUUGAUUCUUUUCAUGAUAGGAGCCAUCGGUGUAUUCUAUGGUAACAAAACAUCGUCACAGUUUGUCAAUUUCUCCUCCACUGUUCAUCUGCCUGGGGAUCUCAACACUCAUAUCCUUUUGAGAUGGUAUAUUGUCAAUGAUGAGAGAAAAUUUUAAAGAACGUUUAACAAUAGAAACUUGAUAUUUUCAACAACUGUCUGCCACUAUUAGCAAAAUGUAAUGUUUAUGUUAAAGUUUUUUCAGUGGAUAUAGAAUUAUAUUUUAUUAUGUAACCACCAAUGAAAUACCAGCUGAGGAGCUUUCGCGCAGGAACAUGAUAUCUUCACACGUGACAAUAACAUAGCAUCUUCCCACAUGAGAAGAUCACAGUUGCUAUGGUUACAUGAUAAAUCAUGCCUUUCACAGUAAAUAAUACAUUAAAAUGAAAUGGUUUGGUACUUCCUUGGUGUUGAAAUAAUAAAUACAACAUUACAUGGCAGCUUGAAGGUACAAAAUUUCUCUUGAUUUCUCGUGUUAAAAAAUAUUUCACUCUAACACUUGAAGAGAAGAGGAAUUUCGUUUCUCCAAUCCUCAAUAUACAUGUAAGGGCCUGUUAAAUGGAAGUGGGGGACUCCAGGUAGGGAAGGUAACCCGUCUGUCCAUGUUAUCUCACAUGUUAAUUUGAUCACGUUUACAUGAUAGGUGGGGUGACCAUAUAAGAGAGUAUAUGAACAGGUGGGUGAACCCACCUACCUGGGGUCCCACAGCUCCAAGUAAACAGGCCCUAAAAUAAAUACAUUCUUGUUAUUGUAAAGUAUCCUUCCUUAAUUCAAAGUAAGUCUCCAAGUUAAUUCCAGUCCCCCUCCCAGUGUAGUGGAAGGAGGUGCCCAAGUGAAGCAGAUGGUAAAUGUAGAAGCUAUCAUGGACUUCAACGAGCGUCCACUCUUAGAUCUUCAGUUCAGGUAUCUUUUCAACAGUUCAAAGAGUCUUCAUAGCCAAUAACAUCAGAGCUUAACUGACAGACGACCAAUAAGAUCACGAUUAUUGACCGAUUUCAUUAACCCGAUCAACUGGUCAACUCGCUUUGACUCGGCUGAAGAUGACUACCGCACAGGUGGUCGAAACUGUCAACAAGUUGAUGACUUUUGCAAACCCUUCACUGUUGUAAAUAAGAUAAAUAAGAUGGGUAACUAGAAUUCACUCAAAAGUCUUAAUCCUAGAGAACGCAUUACUUGAUUUCGUAUUUUGAUUACCUGUUAACAUAGAAUGGAUAUUUUGUCUUGUUCUUCAGUGUGAAUGGUUUGAGCCAAAGAAUUGUUCUUCCGAUGCCACUGUUUCUAUCCAAGUUCUUCACACCAACAGAAAUGACUUCUCAAGACUUCUUUUCAAGAUGGAAACAGCUAGGAAAGUAAGUUUCGUCUGAUAGGAAGAAAAACUGGCGAUAUUACCCCGAGGCAUUAAAAAUGCCUCGACUACCUUAUACUGUUAAAUAUAAUGCUCGUGGUAGGACUGUUUUUGUUUCCAUGCUCAACCUUAAUAGCGAUUUAAAAAACAAAGAGACAAUAUUAAUACCUGCCCCUACACCACAGCAAAACCCAUGCUAUACUUAACUCAUUUGCGGUAACAGUCUGAUAUUAUUUAGCCUGCAAAUACAGCUCCCCCUCACCUCUUAUCGCCGUUGCUAGGGUGUUUUUCGCGAGAUGAGAGAGGUGGCAAUAUUGGAAGGUAGAAAUGAUUCUUUAGCAGAAUAGACUCUAUUCUAUUAUUUUUACAUAUAUGUGAAACUUAUUUGGCGAAAUUUCAUGCUGAAGGUUUCUAUACUUUUCCUUUCUAUUUUCAGCCCUGACCAAGAAUGCCAAAAGAUAUUUCAAGCUAGAUUUCCAAUUGACACAGAAACAAUUAAAACAAAGGUUUGUAGAAAGGUUUCUAGUUGUUUUGCUGCAACCGUAACAAGGCUGCAGGGUUCGCACGCACCUUGAAAAUCCUUGAAAGUCCUUGAAAAUUGCAGCCGGUACUGGAAAGUCCUUGAAUUUCAAUGCUAACUAAACAGUUUAAGGAGAACUGCAAAGGAAAAGGAGCAAACACAAAGACCUCCGGGAUAAAAUUAUUCUGAUGUGGAAGAACUAAAAAAGACAUAGACUCAAGGCUCUUUUUUUGCACUGAAUGUAGUCCUUCAAAAAUGCGAAAUAUGUCCUUGAAAGUCUUUAAAAGUCGUUGAAUUUUUUGUUCAAAAAAGGGUACGAACCCUAUGGCUAUGUCACGUGGAUUGCUGUUUUGGUCAAUUUUGUGCUGAGGUCAUUACUUAAAGCCUUUACCCAUACAUAAAAUGCUCCUGUAGAGUUUGAAGAAAAGGUGGAUCAAUGUAGGUUUCUGGGAAACUGCCCACCUACCCCUCCCCUAAGCUAACAUUAACACUUACUUCUUACCUAGGGCAAAAUGUUAGCUCAGGGGAGGGGCAGGUGGGCAGUUUCUUAGAAACCUAAAUUGAUACGAAAAUGUCAUACAAAUUUCAACUGGGAGCACAUAACAGUUUUGGGGGGGGGGGGGGGGGGAGAGCUGGGGGGUGAUUUUUGUAGGCAUAGCAUUAAAACUUGAAACAGUUGGCCGAAUUUUUUCAAUUUUUUUUCCGUCCAAGAGUUGAAUUUUCUGACAAACUGUAACUUGUGUAGCAGAGUUCGUGCGCCGGGCCAAGUUGCUGGAAAGUUGAUUAGCGUGCUUCCAGGCUUAGUUACCUUGGCUACUACCAUGCUCUAGUUUGAGCUAUCCUACUUUAUAAAAUAGCUAAGGUAGUACGCGCGUUCUGAUUGGUUUAAAAACCAUGGUUUAUUGUGCCGGUAAACUCAUAGAAAACUAAACUAACUAAAACUUAUAAAAGCAAUAGACCACACUUUCUAUGGGUUUACCUGCGUGAUAACCCACUUGGGAUGUUGGGAGAACACUCGAAAAGUUCGAAAGGCUUUUCUCGUGUUCUCCCAAAAUACCGCAUAGGUUAUCACGCAGGCAAACCCAUAGAAAGUGUGGUCUAUUGCUUAAAUAAAUGCCACGGUCAAGUGGAACAGACAGACACUAAAUUCUAACGUUGCAAUUUUGGCUUAAUUUACUUGCGUAUUUUGUUUUCUCUUACAGCUUGUUGGCUUUGGAAUGUCCCUACUUCAGAAUGUAGACCCCAAUCCUGAGAAUUUUGUUUGUGCUGGAAUAAUCAAAGCACGAGGUGUUCAAAUGGGAACGCUUCUUCGGCUAGAACCCAACAGACAAGCGCAGGUAAGGAAGUUUUGUUUGAAAGUAUUCAUCAAGUCUCUAGCUUGACAAUGAACAGCCGACAUUUUGACUUUUAUUAAACGACCGCCGAAAUUCCAUACUAAUGACGUAAACCACCCAUAUCUGGGUAGUGCUUCUGAUUGGUCGUGGCGCAAGGAAAAUUUUCUUCAACCAAUCAGAAGCACUACCCAGAUCGGUUAGCGACGCGUCAUCAGUAUGGAAUUUCUGCAAUCAUUCCUCAUACGUCAUUUCGCGGGAAUCCAGUGGCGGCGUCGCGAAAUGACGGCUGUUUCUUCAGGCAGGCAAAUCUCUAACGCUAGCAUAUUACCUUUUGAAAGAAACUGCUGAUCCACAGUCAAACAGCAUCCCUUUGGAGAACAAUAUUGACCUCUUAAUGCAGGUUUUUCAUGUGAAAGGAAAGUGACACCACAAGUUACCGUGAAAUUUCGAAAAUAAGCCCCUCCAUGCAUAACCCCCUCCAAAUAUAAGCCCCCCAAACUCGUAACCCAAAAAACCCUCCGUUAAAUCGCCCCUCCAAAUAUAAGCUCCCCGGGGGACUUUUUCUUGGAAAUUGUCCUCAAAUACAAAGUAAAACAAACAAAAACGGUAAAUUUCCUUGCAACUAUAGGGCUAGCCCAAUCGAUUUUGAAACGCAAAUUUCCCUCCAUAGAUAAGCCCCUCCGAAUAUAGGCCCCUCCAAAAAUAAGCCCCUCGAAAAGGGCCUUUGAAAAAUUUAAGUCCCGGGGCUUAUGUUCGGAAUUUUACGGUACUUGAAAUGAUUCCAACAGAUUCCUAUAAGGGUAAGGGUGACCUUACUCUGCUAGAACAUAGAAACUGAUUAACAACUGCGUGGCUUAUUGAGUUGCAUACCUGGGGUGUUUCCGGAGCUUCCGCUUUUGGCACAGCUAGCCCUAACAGCGUUACGUCCUUAUGGCUUGUAAAUCCGGGCCUCCUGGCCAUAAGCCCUCAACGCAAACAAACCCAGGCACCCCUCAAACUGACUUAUCAGUGGGGUGAAGGGUGGGGGUAAAGGAUUGAUCUACGGGCUAAACGAUAUGUUCAACUUUUGCAGAUGUUCAGACUCACGCUACGGAGUUCUAGAGGUGCAGUUUCGCAAAUGCUUGGAGAGAUCUUGGAAGACCAGUUUUAA